GCUGCAUGAGUCUGGCAUCUACGCAGCACUUGCAACCUGGCGAUGUCGUAUCUGUUUAAGAGUCCAAUCGACGUUGACAUUUACCUCGCAAAUGAGGAUGAACGCCCAACCGUAGACUUUGAACUUGGCAAUGGCCGUAAAGAGAAGGCGCCUAUUUACAACAAUGACGAAACGGUUAAGGGAACUGUCUUAAUCCGUUUAAAGGACGGCAGAAAAGUUGAACAUAAUGGUAUUAAGAUCGAGUUUAUUGGCUGUAUUGAGAGCAGUUACGAUAAAAGCAAUGCCUAUGAAUUCACUCGAAGUGUCCAAGAAUUGGCUGCUCCCGGCGAAAUGAAACAAGCCCAGAUGCUUGACUUUGAGUUUCGACACGUUGACAAGCCUUAUGAAUCGUACAAGGGCCGAAACGUCCGUCUCCGCUACUUUUGCAGAGUAACUGUGUCUCGGAAAAUGUCAGACGUCCUUCGAGAAAAGGAUCUGUGGGUGUACAAGUACGAGAACCCACCGGAGACGAAUACAGACAUUAAGAUGGACGUGGGUAUCGAGGACUGCUUGCACAUUGAGUUCCAGUACAUGAAGAACAAGUACCAUCUGAAGGAUGUGAUCAUCGGAAAGAUUUACUUCAUGCUUGUACGCAUCAAGAUCCAGCGAAUGGAGGUAAACAUUAUUCGACGAGAGACUAUAGGCACAGCUCCAAACCAGUUCAGCGACAGCGAGAUUGUCACCCGCUACGAAAUCAUGGAUGGCAAUCCUAACCGGGGUGAAACCAUCCCGCUUCGAAUCUUCCUCAAUGGGUACCCUUUGACGCCCACCUUCCGCGACGUGAAUAAGAAGCUGAGUGUCCGCUACUAUCUCAGCCUGAUUCUUGUUGACGAGGAUCAGCGCCGUUAUUUUAAGCAGUCAGAAAUUACGUUUUGGCGUCGACACGAGCCUUCCCCUACCGCAACAAAAGCAGAGGAACCUGAAGCGAGCCCAGAGAGCGAAGUAACCGACGAAAGAUGAUGAAUUAUAAUGCCCAAACAAACGUCCAUACGCUAAUGACUCAAUUGAUCAAACCUCGUCCGGCGUGAAACCACCGUCAACUCCGUCAAUUCCCUCAACGCUUACAAGAAUCACUCUAUUCGUUUCUUCUCUCUUUCUGUCUUUUAUCACAACUUUUCCCUUUCAUAUUCUCACAAACGACCAGACGCACGUCUCUUCACUCUUGAUUCUCCUUGUCGAGCAACUUUUGGACUUGAGCAAGGCAAUCAUGCUGGGCCUGCGUCAUUGUACCUUCCACGUUGAUGGUGCAUGCGUCUGGUUCGCUGUCGUUGGGAGGCUCGAGUGUGUUGAGCUGACUAGUAAUCAUUUCGGCUUUCAUAAAAUGGCCUACACGAGCCUUAAUGCGCUUCGUCAGUGUUUCCUUGCUGGCGUGGAGAAAAACGAACCACAGAACUAUGUUUUUGUUGGCCAAUUCGGAACGGAGACGGUCUCUGUAUUUGCGUUUCAAAGCCGAGCAAGUGACAACGAUCCCGUGAACGUCCUCGCUGCUUGCCGUUCUUGCGGUCACUAUUCCGAUCUUUUCCAACCAGCCCCAUCUGUCUUCAUCCGUCAGUGCGUGUCCUUGUGCCAUUUUGUCAAUGUUUGCUUGGGGAUGUAAAUCGUCUCCCUCGAUGUAUGUGAAUCCCAAUGAUUUGGACAAGUAGUCAGCAAUCGUCGUUUUUCCACAGGCGGCCGGUCCAGCAACGAUAAUAACGUCUGUUUUGCGCUCCUUUUUUGCGAUGGUACUCAUGGUGAAAUAGCUGGAUCUGUUUUUCGUUCGUCUUCUUACUCCGUUUAAAUGGAACUCCGGGUUUUCUUCCGUUUCGUUUGUUCCAGAUUGUUCGUGUUUCUGUUUGCGUGAAUGGUCUUCAGUUACUGUGAACUACGUCUUCUGCGUCUCUGAAUGUUCGGAAGGAUGUGUUUUCUCCUCUGCUGUAUAUGACUUCUAUUCCGUUACAACGUAUCCCACCAAUAUAUGCAUAAACGAUCUAGGCCUGUAAUUUGGAAUACGCGAACCACUGUUGUAACCUCUCCGUUAUCGUCGAAGCGAAUGUCGGCAAAUUUGUUUCAGACGGUCGCUCCCUCCAUCCUCCUUGUGUCUUAAUGGUUGCUUAGCAUUCCCUCCUAGCAAUCAGGUUGCAGCCGACUAAAAGAACGAAGCUUAUUGCAAAUAAAGUGAACACGUGUUCGUCAAAUCACACUCUUCUACUAACUACUUUGUAUAUAAUUUAGUUGUAAACAAGUCCAUCUACAUGUGUAAUGUCGCUAGCUAAAGUAUAG